AUGCUUUCGGUUCGUAGCCUCUCUGGCAACGUCGUGACGACCGUGGAAGGGGCUACACUUGGCAGAUCAGACUUCCUGGAUGCCUUGAAACAUCAUCUGAGUGAUCUCAUGGGUCUGCCAACUCAAAGGCUACGACUUUGUUGCGGAGGCCAGGAGGUACUAAAAUCCUGUUCCUGGUCCUGCCUUGGCUUCCCGGCCGAGAUGCAAGUCCUGGUGCUUCCUUACGAUAUGGACGCGACCCAGGACCUUGUGUCGGCUAUCUCUGAGGAGGACUAUGAGGGUGUUUUGUCGGCCCUUCGGAUGCCCGCCGACCCCAAUGCUCAGUACUGCCUCAGCGGAUGCAACAGGAAGAUCCUUAUGCCCCUGGUCGUGGCCUGCGCUGUGAGCAAUCUCUCCAUCGUGCGCGCCUUGGUUCAGGCUAGCGCGGACGU